UCAGCUAAGUCUGGAAAGCUGCAAUCUCCACUCAGAGUAGGUAUAAGCGUUUACGAACGAACGAGAAACUUGCGUUCGCUGAACUUCUAUUUUCAACAAAGACUGGACACACUAGCCUGUGUUACAUCUAAUUUCUUACCUCAAAAUGUCGUUCCAAAGACCAUUUCUGGUUUCCAUGAAGCGACCUGAUCCACAGCAGGCGUGGGGAUUCCGAGUCGUAGGAGGAAGAAACCAGAAUCAUCCCGUGAUGAUACUAAAGGUAGCUCCGGGUAGCAUGGCCGAGCAGGCGGGCUUGCUCAAGGGAGAUGAGGUGAUACAGGUUGGGCAUGUAAAUUUGCAAGACAUGACACAUGACGAAGUGCAGGAAGCUAUUCAAAAAUGUGGAAACCGAUUAGAAAUGUUUGUAAUAAGAGAAAAUCUUUUGAAUGAACCGAAAGAAGGAGAACCACGAACAGUAAAAGCUGUAUUUCAUUCAAAAUAUAACUCACCCAUGGAUUUGUAUUCGAAAGAAAACGUAGCUGAUACUCUGGCUCAACACGCUGAAGUUAUAACGGAUGGUUUUAACGGAUCCGAUUUCAAGCCUAGCUGCACAAGUCCAAUAUCUCUUCCUCCUGUCAUCCAGAGAUCCGCUGUCCUUCAGGCUUUGCAGCAGGAGGAAUCAAAAGGAAUAAACUAUAUGAAUGGCCCAUCCACACCUCCAGUACAAAAAAAACAGCCACCACCGCCUCCGCCUAAGCCUAUACCUCCAGUUCGUAGUCAGAUCUUGAAGUCACCACCUGGAGGUAAAACAUCGCCAACUUAUUACUCUUAUCUCACUCAGCAACCUCAGAUUAUUUCAUCCUCAUGCACAUCUCAAGACAUUUCUUAUUCUGGUCAGUAUGUUCAUCAAGAAGGUAUCAGGACUCCUACUUAUCAGCAGCAACAACAGUUUUAUCAAACACCACGACCUUUUUCUCCCAGUAGUUACAAACAGCCUCUACUUCAUCAGAUGACUUCGAUGCCAGACUACUGUCAACAAAUAGCAAUUCCGAAGAUUACCGAUCAACCACACUACCCACAAAACACGAUGCCCUCUCGUGUUUUUCAACCAUCAUAUCAACACACAUCAACUAGUGUCCAACGAACGUAUCAACAGCAAACCAUACCUUCGGUUCCCACUCAACCAUCAUAUCAACAACCAAGGACUCCCCCAGCUGCUACAUCCCCCACUCAAUUAUCUUAUCAACAAUCAACCAUGCACACAAUUACUUCAAGUCCCACUCAACCCCCAUAUGAAAAAAUCAGCCCUGCCUUAGCUACUACACAACCAACGCAUCAACAACUAACCACUACCCCCGUCACUGCACGUACUACUCAACCAUCAUACGAAAAGCUAAGCUCCACCUUAGACACUUCACAACCUACACAAACAUCAUAUCAAAAACCGAGCUCAAACAUAACCACUUCACGUCCUAUACAGCCAUCGUAUCAAAAACCAACCACUCCCCCAAUUGAUGCACGCCCUACUCAAUCAUCGAACCAACAACCAAUUGUAACCGUAACGUCUAGGGUUACCGAUCAAAAAACUUAUCAACAAUCAACGACUACACGUGUUCAACCUAAUUAUAAACAAAAAACCACCCCCUCCGUCACAGAUGGAGUCAUGCACCUAACUAAUCCACAAGCAACAACUGAUUCAGCUACAACAACUGUCACACACUCACAAUAUGAGAAACCAUCAAAAAUGCCAUAUUCCACGGCCACUGUUAUCAUUCAUACAAAAGUGACCCCACCAUCUUCUACACCUAAAGAUGUUCAGAAAAACUACCAAAAAGCGGUUGAGCAAAUCUCUUCUCCCGUUCAGACUUCAACACUUUCUUGGGGACAAACGCAAGAACAAAAUCGUCCACCAAGUCAAACUCAAACGACUGGGACGUCACCCAGUCCAACUGCAUCACCUACACCAUCUUAUAAAAUUAGAACCUCAGAAGGAAUCUGGCCACCCAAGAAUCCUACUUCAAAAGAAUUACCAAAAAUAGGGUUCUCGUCAGGAUGGACAAAAGAGAUCAGUCAUGGAAAGAAUAUGACUUGGCCACCCCAAAAACCUGACGAAUGUAGAGGUAAUACGACACCAACCCUUACCUCUCGUACAGGUGCUAUUACCAGUGCUUGGAAUCUUCGUCCAUCAACACCCCCUUCUCGCACUCCUCCAUUUGCAGGAGGAUCUCCUUUACCAGGCCGUAGGAACAAGGAUUUGCUUUGGCCACCUCAGACUAAUGAAAAGCAAAAUGUUAAAAAGUCCUCUUCUAAGCCUUUAAAGAAGGCUCAUAGCUUCGAGGAAUGCAUUAUUCAACACGCUAGUGUUACUGUCCCUCGCACUUACCGUCCACCCCCUGAUAUCCACCAGGUGUAACCUACCAUGGAGUAGGUUUAAGUGCUUAACGUUAUUAUGAUUGAAAUUUUGCUUUUUAGAAUUCUAGAGAAUCAUUGUGUGUUUUGAGACUAAAACAAAUACUAGUUUCCUUUAAUUUUGAUGUCAAUUAUAAUUGAUUUACAAUCCACACGAACUUUGUCUGCAAAGUCAUAUUCAUAGUUACGAUACUUAUAUUUGAUAAGCUUUUCUCACCUUAGAAAUAAUUUAUAAUUGUUCUUACAAAUGCGUUUAAAAGUAGUUGGAGUUUUAUUGUUAUUGUUACUUGAUUCUAAAAAGACUUUUAACUAGGAUUUUUUUUUCAUAUUGCUUAAUUAACAAAAUUAUAAAAAAAACAACAAAUACUCAUGAAAUUUUAUUUUAUAUAUAAUUUUUCAACUAACACUUCUCGUUUUCAGAGAAAUAUUAAUCUAAACUACGAUGCCACCGAAUAAUAAAUAAUAUUCUUAAUAAAUCUUCCAAGUCCAGAAAUUCAAUUUAUCUUCAAUAACAAAUUAAAUCUUCAUAAGAACAAUGGAUGCUUUUUAAAAUAACAUUUCAGAAGUUUAACUUCAUGUGAGAUACUAUGGAAGAUGGUGAUUUUUCAGGAACCAUACUAGAGAUCAAAUGUGGGUACAUUUCAACGUUUUAGGUAAUGUGACUAA